GGUUCCUCGCAAACAUAUAGGUAAUGUUGGUAGAAAUAUUUAAAAAAAAAAAAACACAAACCAUUCCCAGCAGUUGGAAAUAAGAAACAAACAGAAUUUAAAACCAACCAGGGAAACUGCACAAAUUGCUUUGAAUAGGUACGGUGAGAUAACAAUCUAUACUUCGAAUCCAGAACAUAUACCUGCACCUUGCAAAGGAUUUGGCCCUGCAUUUUUGCAAGGAGAUCGGCAAAAUGCAGGUUGCUGCGAGGCGGGCCGCUCAAUUGCGUUCACUCUCGGAUAGCUCAGCUACUCUGGGAUUGCGAUAUGCUUAUUUCUUGCAGGCAGCUAGUUCUCCUGAAUAUAGGCUUGGUGAUUCACGUUUUGCUUCGUCAUUAUCCACCAAGGGUAUUGGGCACCUUAUUCGGAAGGGAACCGGAGGAAGGUCUUCUGUUAGUGGUAUCAUUGCAACUGUAUUUGGGGCCACAGGAUUUUUAGGUCGAUAUGUUGUCCAGCAGCUUGCAAAAGUGGGUUCUCAAGUUCUAGUCCCUUUCAGAGGUUCAGAGGACUCACCAAGGCAUUUGAAACUAAUGGGGGAUUUGGGACAGAUUGUUCCGAUGAAGUAUGAUCCACGAGAUGAAAGUUCAAUCAAAGCAGUGAUGGCAAAAUCUAAUGUUGUCAUCAAUCUUAUUGGGAGAGAAUAUGAGACACGCAAUUUCAGUUUUGAAGAUGUCAAUGUAGUAAUCUCUGAGCAUCUUGCAAAGAUAGCUAAAGAACAUGGAGGUAUUAUGAGGUUUAUACAAGUAUCUUGUCUUGGAGCAUCUCCAUCAUCACCAUCUCAAAUGCUAAGAACAAAAGCAGCAGCAGAGGAAGUUGUUCUUAAAGAAAUUCCAGAGGCAACCAUUCUAAGGCCAGCUGCUAUGAUUGGCACAGAAGAUCGCAUUCUUAAUAAGUGGGCUCAGAUAGCCAAGAACUGGGCGGUACUUCCUAUUAUCGGAGAUGGUUGCACUAAGCUUCAACCAGUUUAUGUAAUUGAUGUUGCUGCUGCGAUUAUUGCGGCUUUGAAAGAUGACGGGACUAGCAUGGGAAAAACUUAUGAACUGGGGGGCCCAGAAGUUUUCACCAUGGAGCAGUUGGUUCAAUUGAUGUUUGAAGCUAUUCGAGAGGAGCCUCGUUACAUUAAAAUUCCCAUCCCAAUUGCUAGGCUUCUUGCAUCACCAAGGGAAUUCUUGAUUAAAAAAGUCCCCUUUCCACUUCCAACGCCUGUAAUUUUCAACCAAGCUUAUGUGGACUCACUUUCAGUUGAUAAUGUGGUCUCUCAAAAUGCUUUAACUUUCAGGGAUUUGGGUAUUAUUCCUCGCAAGCUUAAAGGUUAUCCUAUUGAUUAUCUUUUGCAAUAUCGUACUGGGGGUCCAUCAUAUGGUGCAACUGUUGGUGAUCGUGUAUCUGGUCCAGGAUUUUAGCAUAAUCUGUUUUCUGUUAAAUUUAUAUUGUAAUUUCACUUUGGGCUCAAAUAGUGUUGGUUUUGUUUACUAGGUAUAAGAAGCGAACUGCUUUUUUCAAAGGUAAAAAUGGUUUUUCCAAAUUCACUAUUGUUUUAUUUUGAGCCUCAAACCAGCGAAGUACAUUAGUUUGAGACUGGAAAAUAAAGAUCUUAUAUCAGAAAAUAAUUCAAGAUUUGAUUGUUCUUGGCA